AUGGGUAGGGGCGGCCGGGGUGGCGGUAGUCGCAAUCCAGCGAACCAGUCGAGAGAAACGCAGGUGUCGAAGAAAGUGAGCUGGUUAUUGAGACAUGGAGCUGCUUCUGAGGGUUUGAAGUUGGGGAAGGGUGGGUAUGUCAAUGUACAGGAUGCGCUCAAUACCAAAACCCUCAAAUCGUUAAGCGUCACAUUCCCAGAGCUACGUGAAGUAGUAGCCAACAACGACAAACAACGGUAUUCCAUGAUCCUCGCUUCAGCACUUGACGGAACAGACACUGCACAACCACCACAGGAGAACCCCGAAUCAGACAAACCUUCGGACUACCUCAUCCGCGCCAAUCAAGGCCACUCCAUCAAGGUCGACACCGAUGGCCUUCUCACCCCCAUCACACAAGAAGCCGGUAACAUUCCCGAAACGGUGAUCCACGGCACUGACGAGCCAGCAUGGAACCUCAUCCUCAAGAGCGGUGGUCUACGACGCAUGGGUCGUAAUCACAUACACUUUGCAUCCGGACUUCCUGCUGGAUUCAAGCCACUUGCUCCCUCCACCGACUCUGCAGAAGAUCAUAAAGAAUCUGCGCCCGUGAUCUCGGGCAUGCGCAAAAACUCGUCGAUAUUAAUUUAUAUUGACAUUGAGGCUGCACUGGCCGCGGGAAUCAAAUUCUUCGUCUCGGAAAACGGUGUUAUCUUAUCAGAGGGCAAUGAGCAGGGGCUCUUGCCGUAUGAGUUCUUCACAAGGGUGGAGAGUCGGGUGGGAGAAGGAGAUUUCGGAGCGACAGGGCAAGGGGAAGAGAGGAGGGAGAGGAGGGGGACCGGGUGGAAGGGGAGGUGGUAG